GCGAGGUAGCGCUCAGUCAGCCGAGGCCACAGCGUCGCCGCGCCAGCCGGGCGGCCCAGGUGCGCGGCUGGAGCAGGGCGCGGGGCGAUGCCCGGGGCCCGCGUCCCUCUGCAGCCAUGGAAGAGGCCCCUCUGCUGGGCGCGAUGUCCGGCCCCGACGAUGAGAUGGUGACCGACCUUUUCUGCCCGGAGCGCCCCUUCGCCCCGGAGAGCCUGGCCCUGAGCCCCGCCGUGGGGGUGAAGCCCGAGCAGGACGAGCUGCCUGUGCUGGGCGACGCCUACCUGGGCGCCGCAGACCCCGCCGAGCCGCUGCUGCGCGCGCUCAGCCCGCCGCCCGGCGCCGACUGCCCGGGCGAGGUGCAGGCGGCGCUGCUCGGGGACUACCCCGGGCUCCCCGAGCUGCGCGCCCCGGAGGACGCCGCGCCGCCCGCCUACAGCGUGCACGUCCUGUCCUCGCUGCUGCCCGCGCAGCGCGGCCCCGCGCUGGUGCCGCUGGGCGCCGGAGUGCGGGUGAUUCCAGUUGAGAUCAAGGAAGGGGGUGGCAGCGUAACAAGUAGCAAUCCGGAGGAUGCAGCUUUCCAGAGUCCUCUUGCUCAGGAGUCCUGUUGCACCUUCCUGUCAUCCCAAGAGGCAGAGGAGACCCCCAGCUGCUCUCGUAAGAAAGACUCCGGCCCCAUGGUGAUAUGUCAGUUGAAAGGGGGUGCACAGAUGCUAUGCAUAGAACAUUCUGGCACAAGAGAACUGAAAACCCUUCACUUGGUUCCCCAGCAUCAAGACCAAAAUAAUUAUCUACAGUCAGAUGUCCCAAAGCCAAUGACCACUUUAGUAGGAAGGUUUUUGCCAGUACCAGCAAAAUUAAAUCUCAUUGCACAACAACUGGACAGCGGGGCUCGCCCCUCAGCAGUCACCGGGCCGGCUUUCCCUGCAGGGUCAGCUCUCCCAGGACCACCAAAAAUGACGCUGACUGGGUAA